CUAUAAAAAUCCCGCGCCCCGGCUCUGAUUAGUACCAAAUCUGAUCCCAAGUUCGCCAGGAGCCGGCUCCGAGGGAGAGCGAGAGGAAGGGACGCCGGGCACCGCCGAGUCCCGCCGCCGCCCGCCCUGCCCUGCCGCCGCCGCCGCCCCAGGUUUGGGCCCCGAUCAUGAAGAUCCCGCUGCUGGUCUCCACGGGAAUCCUGCUGGUCGCCCUCCUGCCCUGCCAGGAGUGCAGAGCUCUCAGCAAGAGCCCGGCACCCGCCCCUGGGGCUCUGCACCAGCCAGAUUUCUUCCAGCAGCAGCAGCAGCGACAGCAGCAGCAGCAGCAGCAAACUCUGCCUGUCCUGCUCCGCAUGGGAGAAGAGUAUUUCCUGCGCCUGGGCAACCUUCACAAGAGACCCGUUGGCUCUUUCUCCGCCUCCUCCAGCAGCACCAGCCACCUACAGCCCGAAGCCUCCGCCAGCAACUUUUUCCGGGCGGCGGUUCAACAGCUGCAGCAGCUGCCCGAGCGCUCGCCGGAGAACCGAGAGGACGGCGAAGCCGAGGGUGAGGCGGUGGAGAGGGAGAAGCGAUCCGAGGAGCCCCCUAUUUCUCUGGAUCUGACUUUCCACCUCCUGCGAGAAGUCUUGGAGAUGGCCCGAGCCGAGCAGUUAGCGCAGCAAGCUCACAGCAACAGGAAACUGAUGGAGAUAAUCGGGAAGUGAAACGGCCCCUCCCCGCCUUGCCAAAGAGAUUCCGCAGUUAGCACAAGAAUAAUUACACCGUCCGAUGUACCAUAGUGCUGCUCUGAUGUCAUCUCUUUAUUUUUAUAUAGCUUUAAACCUAGAAGGGCGUAUUCCGAACAGCCUCUGUCCCUUGACUAGCAUGCACAACCGUGUACCAAGUGCAGAAACACGAGUGUCGUUUGUAACCUCCCUUACCUUUAUUUAUUUCUCCAUUUCCCAGUUAUUCUAGUGCCAUCGCUACGUAGGGAUGUGUGAGCAUUGGAAGAAUGGUGCCAAGAAGACAGAAAACUUUUCUGUUGGGGGCAGGGAGGUGGGAGGGGGAAUCUCUGUAAGCUACUUUCAAUCCACUUUUUUUUCCUGUAAACAUUUUCACAAUAAAACAUCUUUUCAGCGCUCGGUCGAUUUGGUUGUGUAAGAGAAUGUUUAAUAUUUAUAUUUUUAAUAAAAGCUGCAAAGUAAA